AUGGCGAGCCUUCACCCCUUUGACCCCAUCACCCCGGGAGAGAUCCAAUUGGCCGUUCGGAUCUUAGAAUCCGCCUUCUCUGGUGUCAAGUUGCGAUACAAGCGCAUUGACCUUCAGGAACCCAUCAAGCAAGAUGUCAUCCCCUACAUUGAAGCCGAAAGGCUGGGCAAGCCUCGUCCACGCAAGCCUGCACGUUUGCUGAUGGUUCUGUUUCACCGUCUGGAUAAUGGAUCUUUCUACAAGGCCCUGUUGAAUGCAGACACCAAGUCUGUUGUGUACGCCAAGGAACUUCCGAAGGAUGUCCAGGGCCCCCUUGAUGUGGACGAAAUGCUCGAAAUUGAGCAGGUCUGUCUGAAUCACCCAGCUGUCAAAGCGGAGAUUGAGAAAUUAAAGCUCCCAUCCGGCAUGACUGUCUGCCUGGAUCCAUGGAUCUACGGUACUGAUGAUGCCAAGGAGACCCGACGCUUAUUCCAGUGCUAUAUGUACAUCGUGGCAACAGACCAUCCUGGCAAUAACCAGUACUCUCUUCCUUGCCAUUUUUCUCCAGUCUUCGAUGGCAUUUCCCACCAACUCAUCCGCAUGGACUACCUACCUGGUGGCGCUGAUCACCAAUUCACGGAAACACAGCCGUGGAAGCCUGUGCCCACUGUCCAAUACGCCCAUGACUUGUUGGAUGAGCCACUGCGUACAGAUUUGAAGCCAUAUAUUGUGCAGCAGCCUGAGGGUGCUUCUUUUAAUGUUAUCGGAAAUGCUGUUUCGUGGCAGAAAUGGCGGUUCCGCGUGGGUUUUAACAACCGUGAAGGACUGGUAUUGCACAACGUGACCUACGAUGGUCGUAACACUUUCUAUCGUUUGUCGUUCUCGGAGAUGACAGUUCCCUACGGAGAUCCCCGUGGUCCUUAUCACCGAAAGCAAGCCUUUGACGUCGGUGACGUCGGCUUCGGUAUCACAGCGAACCAACUCGCACUGGGCUGUGACUGUCUAGGCCACAUUAAGUACUUCGACGGUUACCGCACAGAUGCCCAGGGUGCUCCUAUCCAACUUAAGAAUGUUAUCUGCAUGCACGAGCAAGACGCCGGUCUCCAGCACAAGCACACCAACUACCGCACCGGAGCUGCGACUGUUGUUCGCAACCGCCAGCUAGUCGUGCAAAUGAUCUGCACCGUGGCCAACUACGAAUACAUCUUCGCCUUUAUCUUCGAUCAAGCCGCUAAUAUCGAACUGGAGGUUCGCGCGACUGGUAUCCUUUCCACGGUGCCUUUCGACAACACCAACGGACAGACAGUACCAUGGGGUACUAACGUUGGUCCAGGCGUCAUGGCUCCCUUCCACCAGCAUUUGUUCUCUCUCCGAAUUGAUCCUGCUCUGGAUGGCUUUAAGAAUACCAUCUAUUACGAGGACAGCGUGCCCAUGCCUGAGGAUGAAUCGAACCCUUGGUCGGUGGGCUACACUACCGAGGAAAAUAUUAUGAAGCAGAGCGGUAGCGCCUUCACCAGCGUGGAUCGCCACCGUGUGUUCAAGAUCCGCAAUGAUAAUAUUGUUAACCCCAUUACGCACCACCCCAUCGCCUACAAGCUGCAGACAUCGCCCAGUCAAAUGAUGUUGGCUUCGCCCAAGUCAUUUGGAUUGAAGCGUGCUCAGUUCGCGACCCGUCCUAUUUGGGUCACCAAGUACCAAGAGGAUGAGCUUUUCGCUGCAGGCGAAUUCACAAACCAGAGUAAGAGUUCCGAAGGUGUGGAGGUCUGGGCUGGCAGAAAGGAUCCUGUCGAGGAUGAAGAUGUGGUUUUGUGGCACACAUUCGGUCUCACCCACAACCCUCGCAUUGAGGACUUCCCUGUCAUGCCCGUGGAGCGGGUUAGCGUUAUGCUGAAGCCGGAUGGAUUCUUCACUAAGAACCCAGCUCUGGAUGUUCCUCAGUCUUCGCAGUCGUUCAACAAGUCUAUUGAGCACCCUGAGCCGACAUGUUGCUCGGGUGCCCAGGACCGGAACCAGGUGAAGCUAUAG